CAAGCUGCGCCUUAAUGCGAGAGCCUUCUAAGCCCCGCCCCCUCCUGUCACACACGUCAGCUGGAGGGGUGUGUAGAGAAUUUAGAUGAAAAAUAACAAGGAAGAUUUUGAUCGGGAGAAGACACCCUGUUGGGGGCUUGUAAGGACCAGGCGCUAGGGCAGGGCAUAUUGGUGCUGUGAGGGAAUCAUCACGCCUCGGCUGCGGCAGAGAAAUAAAGGGUGAAAAAAGAGUUUGGAGCUAGUGGGACGCCAGCCCUCUCUCAUUCUUAGCUUGUUCAGUGUCACAAUGUCAUCAGAUCCCACCACUCCCACUCAGCCUCUCCACUCUCCUAAAUCUCCAGUCGCCACUUCAUAUCCGUUCCACAGGGAAGGGAGCAGGCUGUGGGAGAGAAGUCACCUCCUUUUGGGGGAACUUCCUAGCCCCCUGCCAACCAAGAGGACACGGACAUAUUCAGCCACUGCCCGUGCCUCUGCAGGACCCAUUUACAAAGGCGUCUGCAAACAGUUUUCACGUUCCCAAGGUCAUGGCUUCAUCACCCCUGAAAAUGGAACAGAAGACAUAUUUGUGCACAUUUCUGAUAUUGAGGGAGAGUAUGUGCCAGUCGAGGGAGACGAGGUUACAUUCAAGAUGUGCCCAAUUCCACCCAAGAACCAGAAAUUUCAGGCUGUGGAGGUCAUCUUGACUCAUCUCUCCCCUCACACAAAGCAUGAGACAUGGUCAGGACAGAUCAUCAGCUCAUAGACUGUACCAGAAAUUUUCAGAUAUGGUGGGGACCAAACAAGAUAACUGCCAUGUUAACCUUGUGUCUACAGCUGCCACCAGCUGGCCACCAGAUCUUCCAGAAAGGUUGAGCCAACAUAUACUGACAUCUUUCUCAGAAUAUUAUGGGAAUUUCAGCCCCAAAGAGAUAAGAAGAUUAGCAGUAAGGACUGGUUCAAGCUAUCUGUAAGAUCUAAAACAGCCUACAUUAAAAACAUAUUUUGGUGCCAUUAUCACCACUAACAUGGUAUUGGAAACCUGGUGUCUAAAAUCUGCGACUACAAAUGAAUAAGGCUGUGACACAGGCGGCAUGGCAGGUGCAAAGCAAUUGUUCUGCAGUAAUUAUGGUUCCUUUAUGUGGGUUUGCUUUUUGGAAAUCUUGUUUGAAGAAAAUAUCCAAAAGCCAAGUGUUUAUGGGGCUGAAAUCUGAAAAUGACCAAAUCAGGUCUCUUUCUCUAUUGUUCUCAAUUGUCGAAAAAAUGCAUUUCUACCCUUUAAUUCAUCACAAUGCCUUGUUGCUAAGACUGCGGGGUUAUGGAUACAAGUGGGGCAGUGCUACAUUCAUUUCUUUCUUUUUUUGUUGCACUAUAUUGUUCAGAUUUUUAUUUCUGCCUUUGGUUGUGUUCUUUUUUCUUUUAUAGACACAAAUUUAGCUUUUUCAUCACCUGAACUCUGGAGAAGAGAUGUUUGUGUCGCAUAAUUGCAUAUUUUAUACAUUUACACAUAGGGUGUACUGAUAUAAUAGAGUUCACAUGCUAGCAUGGCUAAGGGGGAAUUGGCGCUGCAUUUUACUUCCUGUGAGGCAAGAAUUCAAGGAAACGGUUUUGACAGAAGCAUAAUUUGUAUAUAAGCUAAAAUACAGUUUUCAUUAGAUGCCUGCUUACUUUGAAUUUAGAAAAAUGUUAUUUUCUGUGUCAUACUUGGCUGUGGUAAAAUAAAGAUACACUGGCACAGCGGGCCAAGUAAAUGCAGGGUCAACCCCUGCAAGUUAAUGAGUUAGCUUACAGUAGACUCAUUAAAAUUGCAAGGGAUGUCCUUGCAGUGGACACAUUUAAACUUACAAGGGUUGUCCCUGAAUUCACUUGCCCUGCUGAGCCAUUGUGCAUUUCUUUAAAUGUGUAUAGGAGAGUGCCAAUCCCUCUGGCACUGAACACUGGGCUUACAUUUAUUAGGAAGGCUAGGGUGUGCUGAUAACUUGUUUUAAACUUAUGCAUGGCAUAAAACUCUAGAGAAAAUAAGUGGACACAAACACAAAAAGGGAAAGAAAUAGUCACCUUCUAAUUAUCAGUUGCUGGAUAUUUCACUACUGUUUUGCUCUUAUAAAAGUAUUGUAUGGUGCUGUAGUGCCACGUUUAAUUGGAAGACAUUCUUUUGCAACCACCAUCAUUGUUUGUUGCUGGCUACAGCUUUUCUUGCAGUUAGUUUGUGACCAUGAUUGAUUAUCAUGAUAUUCUCCUGGUUGUGGGGCAGUGAUAUUUACUCAAACGUUGUUAAAACCAAUUAGGCUAAUUUUGCAUGAUCAGCUUUUUAUAUGAUGUGAUGUGAGUAGCUUUUGUCAGCUCCAGUGCAGAGUUAUUUCAAAUUAAUGCUGCUGCAUUUAGCAGACAGGGGUCUAACACUGAAAGGAGCCAUAAACAUCUCAAAAAGGCUGGUGACUACUGGUCUAUUGGUUAUGGUCAGGAUCAGAGGUUGACUCAGUUUAGGGAACUGAGGGAUGAACAGCCUAUGAAUCCCUAAGGGUGAAGACACACAGAGCUACUAGUUGCAGCUACUGGUCAUGGCAACUAAACUACACAAUGCUGAUCAUUUACUGAUAUUUUUCUCUACGUAUGUUUUAGCAGAGGCAAUUCCCAGUAUUAUCUAUGGCCAGGUUUAGUAGCUGUGAAAAAGUAGUUGCAACUAAUAGCUCAGUGUGUCUUCACCCUAACUGUUGUUAAGCUACACCUUUGAAAGUUGCAGUUUCCCAACAGCUGUAGGGCUGAAGGUGGAAUAUCCUUAUUUAUGUAUCUGUUCAUAGAACCCAAAAAGUACACACAACAGAUUAUGGAGUUGUUGUGAUGAUAAUACUAAUAAGCAAAUCCCUCAACUUACAUUCCCUGGUGUGCUGGUCCCAUGGCUGCUGUCAGACACAACCAGCAAAAGAAUGCUGGUGCUCUAUUAACGUGAAGUGGGUCUUCCCAAGAUUUAGUAUUGUGCUGGGGAACACCAUAGCAAAAUAUAAUAAUGACUCCCCUGCUCUGAUCCAUAUCACUGAAUAACUGUCAGCCUUACAAGCUAUCGUUGGGAUUGUGCAUUUUCAGUACUAAUCUACAGAAUACUGCAGUAUCUGUGCUGCUUUAAAUGACUUAAUUGCAGGGUAUAAUUCUUGUAAUAAUGUUUCUUGUAAAAGCUAAAUUUGUAUGCCUUUGGGGAUUAAAGAGCUCAAAGCAUUGAAAACCCCUCUUGCGCUCACAUCUAUAUGGAACUCUUUCAUUGCCAAUCACACAGACAGCAAGACGACCAAUCCUAUGCACAGGCCCACAGUCAUUCUUCUUCAUUGGUCCGCAGCCUGCAGCCUUUCUGCUUGGAUCGCUACAAGAAAAAUCUAAAAAACAAAAAGUAUUGUUUUCAAAAAGCCUCAACUUACAGCCUCAAAUAAAGGGCCAGAUUCUUUUCUAUGAGGAAAUAUUAUUUUUCAGUUUUUCACGUGAAAAAUUUUGGUCGAGAUUGAGUUUGAGGGGAAAAACUUUUCUCCUAAUUUAGUUCCAGUUUCUUUUCCCAUAGACUUCAAUAUUGUUAUCACUUGAUAAACAGUGAGAUACAUUUUUCUCAUUACAUUGCAUCUGGAUCUAUGGGAAAAUCUGGUAUUGAAUCAGCGGGUUAGCUUUUCUUAUCAAACUGAAUCUGGCCCAAAGUGUUUCGUUCAUGUGGGUGCACUCUACCCUGUCCCUUAAUAUGAGAAACAUCUGGAAAAGAUAUGUCAUGUAGCACCAAACAAGUACAGGUAUGGGAUCCCUUAUCCAGAAACCAUUUAUCCAGAAAGUUCCGAAUUAUGGAAAGGCCAUCUCCUAUAGACUCCAUUAUAAGCAAAUAAUUCUAAUUUAAAAAAAUGAUUUCCUUUUUCCCUCUAACAAUAAACAGUACCUUGUACUUGAUCACAACUAAGAUAUAAGUAAUCCUUAUUGGAGGAAAAACAAUCCUAUUGGGUUUAUUCAAUAUUUAAAUUAUUUUUAGCAGACUUAAGUUGUGGAGAUCCAAAUUACGGAUUACUUGAGCAUUCUGGAUAACAGGUCCCAUACCCGUAACUCUGUCAAAUAUCCAGACAGCACAACACUGUUUCUUGUACUGUCUGUAAUCGCCAUAGAUAUGACAGUUUUGUGGCAAAGACUUUUCCAUGGAAAAAUGGUACACAUUUUGUCCAAUUUUCUGAAAAAAUUUUGUCACUGGUGGUACAUUAUCCUUAUAGAAAUGGAAACCCUGGAUCAGUAUAACAGAACCCAAGAUAAACCGUCAGCCAGGGACGCCUGUAUAAAAUAUCUGGUCUGAGUGUCAUUGACUGUGGAUUGAAACCCCAAAUGUUUAUAUUGUAUUAAUGCACAGAUAUUAACUCCAGUCUGUUCACUGGGCCCCCAUUCAGGUCUAGCCCUGAAUAAUAAGUAGCUGGACAUUGCUAAAGUGGCAAAAUGCUGAUGCCUUGCUGUACAAGCAGCAUAUAUUUUACCUGUAGUUGCCAUGGAAAUAGGCCUCAGGCAGUUUCAGUGGUGAUCACUUUGUUCCUGGUGGAAAGGCAUCACAGAGAGAUUAGUCACCUGUGUUAGAAGGGAUCUAUAGUGGAAAAUAAAUCGGGACACCAUGGGACAUCAACCUUAUGGUGGCCAUACACUGUAAGAUCUGCUCGUUUGGCAAGAUCGCCAAGUGAGCAGAUAUUCUUCCGAUAUGCCGACCUCUGGGUGGGCAAUAUUGGGCUAACUUGGGCAUUUGGCCUCAGGGCCCUGAGGCCAAACAAUCAAAUGAAAACGGCGGAUAUACGCAUAGGGACCGCAUCUGCAUCAAUGAGCUGAUGCGGUCCCCAAUCCAAUGAAAAAAUCAAACCUGUCCGAUUGAUAUCUGCCCGAUUGAUAUCUGCUAUGUCAGUCGGGUAGGCCCAUAGUUUGUGCCCAUGCAUGGGCAGAUAAGCUGCCGAAUCAGUUUUAUCGGCAGCUAAAAUCGGCUAGUUUAUGACCACUUUUAGGCUGAUGGCAGAUAAAGAGAUUAGUCGUCCAUGAUAAAUCUAUUUUACCACAGGCAACUAAUCUACUAAAAUUGCAUUUCUGCCGGUAGGAACACUUACCAGUUGGUUCAGCUUUGUGAAGUAUCCCAAAGUUACUUUGUCUGUCAUAGCCCUUAAAGUGCAUCACACAGACCAAGCGUUUGUUUUCAUGUAAUUGAGACUUGGUGUUUCUUGGGCUCUGAAUGAUACCCCAUUUUUCCAUAACUGAGGAGGCAGGAUGGCUUCUCCCAUUGAUUGGAAUAAUGUAGAAUGUACAGUACGUAGAAUAAGCGGUGUCUAUUGGUAAAAUGUAUCCCUAAAAAAAAAUUAUGUAUGUGUAAAAAGGCUGAGGCACACACUUAUAGGAGUUACAACCUGGCUGCAAAGCAGAGAGACAAUAUCAAUAUGUAAAAAAUGCUGAUGCACACCAGGAAAAAAAAAGGAUACUCAUUUUAUUUGCCUCUUGAUGGGGAAAUAUAUCAUAUAUCAUCAAGAGGCAAACUUUCUGGCUUUAUGGCAUGUUUACUAAAAUGUAAAUAUACUUCUCAUCUACUAAAACAUCUCAAGAGAGAAAAGUGUGAAAAUUUGUUGUGUGAUUUUUUUUGAGGUGAGAAUUUUUGCAAAAUAGAAAUGGUAUGUGUGGGAUAUUAGUAUAAAAGAAGUGAUGUAGAUAAUAUGAUGCAAAAGCAGGUAUUCUAUCUUGCUAUGAGGAAAAGUAAGAACCUUGCCUCCGGCGGCAGUGAGCGGCCACUUACCAGGGGCAGCAAAAAUUUUGUUGAAUUUGAAUUUUUAAAAACAAAAAUUCAGCUCUGCUGCAAACAGCACUAAUACGAUGCGGUCCCCUUUGGACCCACUCCUUCGCUAAAGUUGUAAGCACGGGCGCAGUUUGGUACCUGUGCUGGCAAAUGAUCCCUUUAGUUUUAAAAAUAAAAAUGACCUGGCUAUUAGAUUUUGUGUGGAAGUAAUUUGUUUCUACCAGCACCAUUACUAUUUUAUCAAAGCCAACCCAGUGCUCUCCCUUUCUAAGGCAAAUGGCUACUCUGCUAUAAGUUGUUUAAGCCACUAGACUAUAGGUACACCAGGUUGAUUCUUGGCCUAUGGAUAAACACAGGCCAUGAAUCAGCCCCCACUUUUGUGCCUGUACUCUGAGCCACUGUGUCUUGUGUUUCAGUGCCGAAAUCUACUCCAUGUGCCUGCGCCCGGGCCAACACAGGGGUAGGUUUAUAGCAGUGUAGGGGCAGAUCUUGGGUCUGCAUUAAUCCUCAGGCCAAGUGCCCUAGCCUUUCAUACCUAGACUGGAUACAAUAUUUUAUAGACCAUUUUAUACUUAUAAGGGCUAUAAGGUGUAAGUGCAAGGUGCAAGGUGUAAAAUUCACACACAGUCCACCAUGUUUUUUUACCCACAAUGUAGCAUUAUUAUCCCAGAAACCCAGCAUAAUUUCAGAUGUCUGCAAAGUAAAGUGUGCUGCAACUUGCAGUUCUGUCAACCAAACCCAUGAACCAUGGGGAGAUCAUGAACCAGAUUUGUUUUUUUUAUGCCUGAAUUUCUCUUCACACUAAAUGAUAAAAUAAUAAAAGGUCUCAAAAAGGCCUGAAGUGGAUGAUUAUUUCCCUCAUGACAUGGGGUUGGUUGACAGCUCUGAACUUAUGAUGUACCUGUGGGUUUCUUUACAGUUUUACCAAAUUUCAUAGAUGCAUAUUUACACGCAAUUUUGUGCUUUGUACCGCACCUGCCAUUUGUUAAAACAAAGCUCAAACUAAAAGGCGGCAUGGCUGUGGCAAAUGAAGUGGAAAUUAUUUUGAUUAAUUAACGAAUGUGCUUUUAUCCCAAUUUAUUUCAUUAGCUCAAUGUGCUGCUCAGUUCAGCUAUUUUUUAACUCCAUGGAUACCAAAGCCAAAAUCCACAUAUAACUUCCAUUACGCUAGACCUGACUAGCAAAAAAGAGAUUUACUGCCUAAGUCCUACCCUGUCUUUAAAAUAUAGAAGUGAAUCAAUGAAAGAGCAAUUAGAAACACUUGGCACAUUCAUUGGGUUGUGUUGUGUCAGCAUUCUGAGGGACCGCUUUGGCCAACGUUCAUUGUAUGCAUUAAAUGAUUCUGUUCCUUCAGUGCUACAGAGUUCAUUCGCAACCUUCCCACUUCCAUCUCUUUACACUCAUCUGGGAAAUUAGUAUUUCCCACUUAAUUACAUUUUCUUCCCAUGGAUAUGAAAAUAACUGCUGCCAUGCAUAAAUAUGAAUGUGCCAAAAGCAGCUGGAUUCCUAUUUCUAAAAGCCCCCAAAACUCACAUAUUAAGAACUGCAGGUGGGGCUGGUGAGUGAACCUUUAUCACAUGAUAUACUACAUGAUAUAUAUUCCACCCAAUAUGAAGCAGAGCAGAUUGGGUGACUGCAGCCUCACAUCUGGCAAGUUAGGUUUGGCCAAAUCUGUUGAUGGCAAUGUUAUGCAGAAAGUGGCUGUGUCAAAUGUGCAGGCUUUUAAUGUUACAUUUCUUUUGCACUGGUGUCUAUAUUUAGUAUUUACUUUGACUAUAUAUGAUUUAAAAGACAUGUUAAGUCUAUCGCACUGGGGCCUGUGGAAAAAACUAUCUGAGCACCGCACCAUUAUCUGCUUAGGUCACUUGGCGAUUGGCGUUCUGCACAUGCGCAUAAACAAAAAUCUGUAUACUCUACUGUGCAUGGAUGAACGGGAAUACACGCAGGGGAUGCCUGGGACUGCCAGUAGAAAGGAAAGUAAAAUGGUAGCGCAGCACUCCGUUUUUUUCCACAAGCUGGUCCGGUCCCUUGUAAGAGGAGCACCAACCUGGGAAACAAACAUAGCGAUCUAUUUCACUGGGGCUCUACCAUUAGCCUUUAAUUUUGUUUUCUACUCCCAGAUACAUUAAAGUGUUUUUCUAAUGCCCUAAAAUGUCUCCCCAUUGGAGGGGGGGGGGGGGGGUCAGUGUGCUAACUGCUGCCUUUUUUCUCACCUUGGGUAAAACAUUUAGAAAUUGUUAUGUAUGUGUCUUUGUUCCAAAGCUGGUAGUCUGUGUCUGAUUAAUUUAAGUCUGUGUGUUGGCAAUAAUGAAUAAAAUGCAAUAAAACAAAA